AUGUUGUUAGAUGAAAAGAAUCAAGUCUUAACAACCAAUUUAUGGUUAGAAAUGAGGUGGAGUGAUGCGCGUCUCCAAUGGGAUCCUAAUAAAUAUGGGGGUAUUCGUCAGUUACACAUCCCUAGCACUGAUAUAUGGAUACCCGAUUUUGUAUUAUAUGACAAUGCGGCAGGCGAUCCGGACAUAACAAUUUUCACUGAUGCCCUAAUUUCGUAUAAUGGACGUGUUUAUUGGCAGCCCCCAGCAAUUUACAAAUCUUUUUUAAAAUGGUUUCCUUAUGACAAACAAGAUUGUAGAAUGAAAUUUGGUGCCUGGUCAUAUACUGGAAAUUAUGUUGAUUUACAUUUAAUACAACAAGAAAAUUCUGAAAAUGUUAAUAAUAAAAUUAAUUUAAAUAAAAAAAGAGAGGAAGACGAUGAUAUUGAAUAUAAUGAAAUGGGAAUGGAUUUGAGCUUUUUUUAUAAAUCAGCAGAAUGGGAUUUAAUGAAUUUAACGUCUGCAAGACAUGCAGUACUUUACACAAGUUGUUGUGGCCCAGAGACUUAUGUUGACAUAACUUAUUAUUUGGAAUUGAGGCGGAAAACCCUUUUCUUCACUUGUAAUUUAAUUGUUCCUUGUUUUUUAAUUUCUUUUUUGACAACAUUUGUGUUUUACCUUCCGGAUCAUAAAAUAACAUUUUCAAUUUCUAUACUGGUUACACUUACAGUUUUCUUUUUGGUUUUGAUUGAUUUAAUGCCUCCAACAAGUUUGGAAGUACCCAUGUUUGGACAAUAUUUAAUUACAACUAUGGCUUCAGUAAAUAUUCGUUUUCGAAAUGGUUCUACUCAUCAAAUGUCCCCGUGGAUUCGAAUUGUAUUUUUGGGUGUUUUACCAAAAAUUUUGUUAAUGAAACGCCCCGAGCGUCAACAACUCGAAACAAACACAAAUUCAUUAAACAAUUUUAUGGUGGAGACAAGACAAGGACUUGAACCUUCAUCAUCUUCCUCUUCCUUUAAUUUUGAAUAUUCUAAUAAAAAGGCAACCAUUUCCUCCCCUUCAAAUUUAUUUAAUAAUCGCUCAAAACUCCCACAAACUUCAAUUUUUAACAAAAAUAAAAAAGAAAAAUAUGACAAACCGCCCCCAUAUUUUUCCUUUACAACAACAAAUACCCAUAAAAAUUCUGAUAAAAAUAAUAAUUCAAAAGAAAAAAAUUUUUCGGAAGAAAAUAUUUAUGCAGAACCUUCUACAAGUAGAGAAAUACGGCAACAAUUUUGUAGCAAUAAAAGUCAAAAAUUGAAGAAGAUUGAAUAUACAUGGAAUGAACAACGAGUUUUAUACAAUCUGGCUAGACAACGUGCCCGCUCAAAGGAUAGAUGA